UUAGCUUCUCAGCCUCAGGAAAACUUGAGCCAUUCUGAGACUGAGAGUUCUGAGGACGAUCAAGAUGCGCCUCUACAAAUGAACAUGUCAUGGACAACUGUUUCAACCCCAGGAGGAGGUGGAAGUGCAUCGGGUGGUGGCACCAGGGCUGGACUUUUCAGAACUCCUAUUUCUGGUGGCGUGCAGAGUGCCACAUCGGCUCACGGUUUACCUAGACCUGCUUUAGCAGUUCGUAACCUGAUGGAGCAGGCAAGAUUUGCUCACUUGUGCACUGUAAUGUCUCGUAUGCACCACCGACGAGAAGGAUAUCCAUUUGGUUCUCUAGUUGAUUUUGCACCAGAUUCGAUGGGCCGUAAGUCAAUAAUUCUUCAUUUUCUUGAUUAGUUACUUCCGUUCAGUCAUGAAUAUUUG